GUGAACGCACCCACGAUCGGUACCGAAAAACGAUCCACCGAGCGUACUGCCAAUACCAGCGAUGCGCUCAAAUUGCGGAGCGCUGAGAUAAAAAAAGCGCCACAUACAGGAUGCAGAGGUGUCGGUUAUAACGGCCAAAAGCAGUCGUGCCAUUCGCUCGUUGACGGAGCCGUCGGUUAA